GUCGCGGUCCCUCGCCAGCCGAGGACAUGCUACGGACGCGCGCGUUCGGCCUGCUGGCUCGGCUGCUCCCAGCCGCGCUGGGCCCGGGGCUGAGCCGGACGGCGUGCGAGGGGCGCGGGCGGGCCUGGUUACAGCCCGAGGGCCGCGACACGGGCGUGCAGGUGUACAACAGCCUCACGGGCAGGAAGGACCCGCUGAUCGUAGCCCGCGCGGACGCCACCUCCUGGUAUAGCUGUGGACCAACUGUAUACGAUCACGCACACCUUGGCCAUGCUUGUUCAUAUGUUAGAUUUGAUAUAAUUCGAAGGAUCCUAACCAAGGUUUUUGGGUGCAACAUAGUCAUGGUGAUGGGUGUUACAGACGUGGAUGACAAAAUCAUCAAAAGAGCCCAUGAGAUGAAGGURUCACCUGCUUCACUGGCCAGUCUGUAUGAGGAAGAGUUUAAGCAGGACAUGGCAGCCCUGAAGGUUCUCCCUCCAACAGUGUACUUGAGAGUAACUGAAAACAUUCCUCAGAUAAUCUCRUUCAUUGAAGGAAUAAUUGCUCGUGGGUGUGCCUAUCCAACAGUAAAAGGCAACGUCUACUUUGAUCUGCAGUCAAGAGGAGACAAGUAUGGCAGACUGGUCRGCGUGGCACCUGGGCCUGCUGGAGAGCCAGGGGACUCGGACAAGCGGCACGCCAGUGACUUUGCCCUGUGGAAGGCAGCUAAGCCCCAGGAGGUGUUCUGGGCCUCGCCCUGGGGGAACGGCAGGCCCGGCUGGCACAUCGAAUGCUCCGCCAUGGCCAGCAUGGUGUUUGGAGGUCAGCUGGAUAUCCACUCAGGUGGGGUGGACUUAGCGUUUCCCCAUCACGAGAACGAGAUUGCACAGUGUGAGGUCUUCCAUCAGUGUGAGCAGUGGGGAAAUUAUUUUCUACAUUCUGGGCAUUUGCACGUAAAAGGCAAAGAAGAAAAAAUGUCCAAAUCAUUGAAAAACUACAUCACUAUUAAGGACUUUCUGCAGACAUUCUCCCCCGAAGUCUUCCGGCUCUUCUGCAUGUGCAGCAGCUACAGGUCAGCCAUCGACUACUGUGACAGCACCAUGCUGGAAGCCAGGCAGCUCCUGCUGGGGCUGGCCUCGUUUGUGGAGGACGCACGUGCCUACGUUAAGGGGCAGCUGAUCUGUGACCCCGUCAAGGAAGACAUGCUGUGGGAAAGGCUCACCAGCACCAAGGAGGCCGUGAAGGCUGCAUUGGCAGAUGACUUUGACACACCCAGGGCAGUUGGCACCAUCCUGGACCUUGUGCACCAUGGGAACAGACAGCUCAGAGCAGUCACUAAGGAGCCUGGGGGUCCCAGGAGCCCUGCUGUGUUUGGUGCCAUCGUCUCCUACAUUGAGCAAUUUUUUGAGACUGUUGGAAUUUCUCUAGUAAAACAACAGUGCAUUUCAGGAGACAGCAGUGUGGCUACUCUGCACAGCGUGGUGGAUGAGCUGGUGCGCUUCCGGCUGAAGGUCCGGCAGUAUGCACUGACCACACCUGAGGCUGCUGGGGAUGCCCGGCGACAGCUGCUCCUGGAGAGGCGGCCCUUGCUGGAGGCAUGUGAUGCACUGCGCCAGGACCUUGCCACGCACGGCAUCAGCAUCAAGGACAGAAGCAGCACUACCUCCACAUGGGAACUGUUGGACCCCAGGACGAAACACCAGAAGCCAGGAAGCUGAGGAAGGAGCAGUCGUCGGCCUACACAAGCAUGCAGCUU